GUUCUGUGACCUAACCACUAAGUUUGCUUGUCAAGGUUGAAGUGGCUUUGAGUUGUAUUUAACACCUCGGUGCAUUUGCAACUUACCAUGAAAAACGAACAGAAAUAUUUUCCUAUUUCAAAGUCCCAAAGUACUAAAACUGAAACACAGGUUUCAUUCAGUUAUUCAGAGGAAGUAGAUGCACCAAAAAAAUUUUGACAGCCAUGUGGGAUUUUGAACAGUGUGAUCCAAAACGCUGCUCCGGUCGUAAAUUAGUUCGCUUGGGAAUGACUAAAUUAUUGAGGUUAAAUGAAAGUUUUUCGGGCAUUGUACUGACGCCAACCGCAACAUGCGUGUUAUCUCCGGAGACUGACCGCCAGUUGAUGCAAAAUGCUGGUAUUGCUGUUGUAGAUUGUUCUUGGGCUCAAUUGGAGCAAACCGGAUUUAAGAAGCUAAAAUUUCAUCAUGGACGAUUGUUGCCACUUCUGAUCGCAUCUAAUCCAGUGAAAUAUGGAAAACCAUUUCAGUUGUCAUGUGUUGAAGCGCUUGCAGCAGGUCUUUUCAUUUUGGGUGAAAAGGAUCAAGCUAGCGAGCUGUUGGAUAAGUUUUCUUGGGGUCAUCAGUUCUUGACAUUGAAUGACCAACGGUUGCAGUUGUACUCGAAAUGCUCUACAAAUAAAGAAAUCUUGAGCUUACAAGAACUCUUCCUGGCACAAAUAACUCGUGUCGAGAAUUCAAAUUCAGAAUCGUAUGCCGAUGUGUAUGCAGAAUUAGAUGAACAACUGGGUACUGAUUCUUCAAGUUCCAAGUUUUCUAGUUCACCGGAAGAUUGUGAUGAGCAAGAAACAGACGAUUGUUCAUCAACCGUUGGUGAUAAUGAUGAGCUUAGUAACUGUGAUUCUCCAGUGGAAGAAGAUGAAGAAAUGAAAAAUAUUUUAACCAAACAAAUGGAUACCUUAGUUAGUUCAUUCGAACGAAGAAAACUUUUCUCAGAAGUUGGCAAGAAUUGGGAUCGUUUUUAUAAUCGUAAUGGUGUUCGAUUUUUUAAGGAUCGUCAUUGGACAACGCGAGAAUUCGCAGAGCUUUCCUGUUUAAGUAAUCAUACACUAAAGUCUCUUUUGGAAGUUGGCUGUGGUGUUGGGAAUUUCCUAGUUCCUCUUAUAGAAAGCAUGAUAUCUAGUUCAGAAACGGAUGUUCAUAUUUCAGAAGGAUCUAAUUGUACUGGAAACAGAAACGAAAUUCCACAUUUCUAUGCGUGUGACGUUUCUCAACGUGCGGUCAAUAUGUUAAAUGAACGUGUCAAAUCGUUGCCAGUUAUAUGCGAUGCCUUCGUUUGUGAUAUAACCGAGCCUGAUUCAUUGAAAACCUCUCUGUCAUUUUUGAAUUCCAUCAAGAGUGUGGAGUUCAGUGACAAAGAACAUGGUGUUGACUUAGCUACGUUGAUAUUUGUACUGUCUGCACUGAAUCCACAAGAAAUGCUUACCUGUAUUCGCAAUGUUUCAAGUGUCCUUUCACCUGGUGGACGGCUUCUUUUCCGCGAUUAUGGGCAAUACGAUCAUGCUCAGUUAAGGUUUGGGAGAAAAUCUCGUCUAUUUGCUGAUCGGCCAUCAUACGUUAGACAAGACGGAACACUGUCUUACUUUUUUACAAAGCAGGAACUAGCCGAUUUAUUUGCAAGCUGUGACUUGUCAAUAAUUCGCCUUCAAUUUGUUCAUAAAGAAACAAAAAAUGCUGCCAAAGGUCUUUGUGUCAAACGGGUCUUCCUUCAGGCUGUUUGUGAGAAACGUGUUUCUUGACUCAUUAAACUUGAAAAUUUUAUAUGGUUGAUAAGCAAGCACAACAAUUUUGUACAUAAACUCUGUGAAUUAAAUUUGAUUUAUAAACAUG